AUGACUUACCAACCAAUGGACGGUCCUUCCCAAGGCUGGAAAUGCCCUCAAUGCGGUCUCCCCGGCGUCCGUCUCUCCACAAGCCAGGACAACAACCAAGUCUCCAGCCGCGCAUACUACAAGUGUGUCCCCUGUGACCGCUUCCUAGGCAUCUGCCCCUGCACCACCCCCGGCUCCCGCACAACCUCAACAUGUCCCUGCGGUGACAGCGAUGCCGAAUCACCCGGUCCGGAAGACCAGGCCCGUCGCUUCUCCAUGGCUUCCACCGACGGACAGAAGCCCUCGUUCAACCCACACAACCCGGACUCCGGGUUCGACCAAGACUGGGAAUCCAACUGCAGUCCCGGCUUCAUGGUCUCACGAUUCAAGGCCGUCGAUGUGGACUCGCUCUGGGGAUGA